AGCAGAGGAAGAGGGGGUUGGAAAGGCCGAGGCCGUGGGAGGAGCUUUGGCAGAGGUAGAGGCCGAGGUGACUAUAAUGAGGGGCAUGGGAGCUCCAGUGGCAGGGGGAGUACCAGAAUGGAGGGCACCUGCUGGUACUGCAAGAAGAAGAGCAAGGCCGAAGUGACCUUUGGACCAACCAGCUGCCGUGCUAAGCUUGGGAAGAAGGUGCUGUGGAGUCUGGAAGAGGAGACCAGCUGCAUCAAGGACCUGUGGCAGCUGCCCAUCAUCCCAUGGAAUGGGAAGACUCCAACAGCAGCAACGGCAGCAGCGGCAAAGGCAACAGCAGGAAGAGAUGCAACUGCACCAACUGAUGGGGUCCUGGAAGCAGUCAAGAAAGUGCAGCAGCAGCAGACACAUGGCGAGGUGCUUGCUGGUGUGGAUGCGAGUGCGGCAUGGGCUAAGGCUUCAUCAAGGAGUGGAGAGGCCGAUUGGGAGACAUGGCAUGAGAGGCUGUGUCAUGUGAACUUCCCUAUGCUGCAGAAGUUGGUGAAGAAUGGGAGCCUGAAGGGCUUGGAGGUGAAAGGGGAAGUGAAGGAGAUUGGGAGCUGCCCUACAUGCUUGGAGACCAAGUUCUCCAAGUUCCCCUUCAACAGCACUACAGGACCAGCCAAGACCCCACUUGCACUUGUGCACAUGGAUGUGGUGGGGCCCACAAGAGCGCCUUCCCUCUCAGGCAGCCGCUAUUUCUUGACAAUUGUGGAUGACCACACUCGGGCAGUGUGGGUUUACCCUUUGAAGAGCAAGGGGGAGGUGGAGGUUGCAGUGUCAGAGGAGGAGAUGUCUGGGGUGACUGAGGAAGGGGGAGCAGCUGAAGUAGAGCAGCAGCAGCAGCAGCAUGAGUCUCCACCUCGAGUUCCACACCCGCCUGAGCGACCUAGGAGGGAUGUGCGCCCUCCGGUGAGGCUGACCUAUGGGGGAAGAGGCAAGCCAAAUGUGGUGCAGGCUGGGAGUGUGGUUGAGCAGAUUGAGGAAGAUGAGAUCGCUCACUGCUACUGGGCACCAAUCCCUGAGCCCAAGACUCGAGAGGAGGCCUUGAAUGGACCAAAUGGGGAGAAGUGGAAGGCGAGUGAGGAUGAGGAGUUCGGGUCCCUGAUUGAAAACGAGACAUGGGACCUGUGUGACUUGCCUCCUGGGAAGAAGGCAAUCACUUCCAAGAUGAUCUACAGGCACAAGUAUGGACCUGAAGGGGAGCUGACCCGCUACAAGUCUAGGCUUGUGGCACGGGGGUUUCAGCAGACAAAAGGGAAGGACUAUGAUGAGGUGUUUGCUCCUGUGGGGAAAGGAACAACACUGAGGGUGCUGUUAGCGAUAGCUGCACUCCUGGGAUGGAAGAUACGGCAGAUGGACAUUGUGACUGCUUUUCUGAAUGGGAUCAUUAUGGAGGAGGUGUACAUGAAGCAGCCAGAGGGGCUGGAUGACGGGAGCGGCAGGCAGGCAGCAGAUAUUUUCACUAAGCGUCUGGCGGAGGCGGAUCAUUGGAAGGGCAUGAAGCUUGCUGGGAUGAGUGUGCAUUGAGUAUGCAUGCUUGAGAUGUGGUAUGGUCGAUGAUGGUUGGCAGCCAGAGGGGGAGAUUGUUGUGUGAUGUCAUCAUAUGCUAUCACAUUCUGUCUGCCUCCCAUCCCAUGUGUUUUCAACUUGCAUGUGUGGUUUGAAUGUGCAAGCAUUUGUGUGUGGUGUGUUCUGGAGUUUGGGAAUGUGUUUUGUGUUAUUCUGUCUGAGCAGGUAUUUGUGAUAAUAGAUCUUGAGAAGAUCU